ACCUCCCUCUGAGGUGCUGGUCCUCAAAUGGUUACACAUUGCAAUCAGCUGGAGAAUUAAAAAGAAAUAAGGAUGCCUGGAUUCAACCUCCUGAAACUCUUAUUUAAUUGAGCUCAUCUCCUGUCCUGGGUAUAAGCGAGUUUAUCUUACCAGGGAUGUAACUGAACAUUUUUUUCUGCAGUGCUUUCCUACUGGGCAACCCAAAAUGGCCAGGAAUUGCUCUGAGUGCAAGGAAAAGAGGGCAGCACACAUCCUCUGCACCUAUUGCAAUCGCUGGCUCUGCAGCUCCUGCACAGAGGAGCACCGGCAUGGCCCUGCCCCUGGGGGCCCAGUCUUUUCCCGGGCCCAGAAGGGAUCUCCAGGAGUUAAUGGUGGUUCUGGGGACUUUGCCUUGUACUGUCCUCUACACACACAGGAAGUGCUCAAGCUAUUCUGUGAGACCUGUGAUGUGCUCACAUGCCAUAGCUGUCUAAUGGUGGAACAUAAGGAACACAGGUGCAGACAUGUUGAAGAAGUUCUACAAAACCAGAGGAUGCUUCUAGAAAGUGUGACUACACAAGUGGCACAUAAGAAAUCCAGUCUACAGACAUCUGCAAAGCAAAUUGAGGACAGGAUUUUUGAAGUGAAGCAUCAGCACAGGAAGGUGGAAAACCAGAUCAAAAUGGCUAAGAUGGUUCUGAUGAAUGAGGUGAACAAACAGGCCAAUGGACUCAUAGAGGAGUUGGAGGGCAUUGCAAAUGAGAGAAAGCGGAAACUGGAACAGCAGUUACAGAGCAUUAUGGUUCUCAAUCGUCAGUUUGAGCAUGUGCAGAAUUUUAUCAAUUGGGCUGUCUGCAGCAAAACCAGCGUCCCUUUCCUUUUCAGCAAAGAGCUGAUUGUGUUUCAGAUGCAGCGAUUGUUGGAGACAAAUUGUAACACAGAUCCUGGCUCUCCUUGGAGUAUCAGAUUCACCUGGGAGCCUAACUUCUGGACCAAGCAGCUGGCUUCCCUUGGCUGCAUAACGACUGAAGGUGGACAGUUGUCCCGUGCAGAUACUACUGUAUAUGGAGGCUUACAGGGGCCAUCAUCCUUUUAUCAAAACCACCAGUCCCCAGUGGCUCAGCAAGAGGCCCUCAGCCACCCCUCACACAAGUUCCAGCCUCCAGCACUGUGCUCCUCAUCUGUGUGCUGCUCCCACUGCUCCCCAGUCUCACCUUCCCUCAAAAGCCAGGUCCCCCCACCCAGCAUCCACCCAGCCCACAGUUUUAGACAGCCCUCUGAGAUGGUACCCCACCAGCUGGGGUCCUUGCAGUGCCCCACCCUACUACCCAGGGAGAAGGAGCUGACCUGCAGUCCUCAUCCUCCCAAGCUACUGCAGCCCUGGCUGGAAACCCAGCACCCUGUUGAACAGGAGAGUGCAUCACAGCAGCCAGGGCAGCACCUAACUUCCCAGCCUGUCUGCAUCGUCCCCCCACAGGAUGUUCAGCAAGGAGUCCAUGCCCAGCCCACCUUACAGACACCCUCCAUCCAAGUCCAGUUUGGCCACCACCAGAAGCUGAAGCUCAGUCACUUUCAGCAGCAACCACAGCAGCAGCUGCCACCUCCAUCACUUCCACCACCUCCACCCCCUCAGCAGCCACCCCCACCUCUGCCUCCAUCCCAACAUCUGGCUUCCAGUCAGCAUGAGAGUCCUCCUGGGCCUGCAUGUUCCCAGAACAUGGACAUAAUGCACCACAAGUUUGAGCUGGAGGAGAUGCAGAAGGACUUGGAGCUUCUGCUUCAGGCUCAGCAGCCCAGCUUGCAGCUGAGUCAGACCAAAUCUCCUCAGCAUCUUCAGCAAACCAUUGUGGGGCAGAUCAACUACAUUGUGAGGCAGCCAGCGCCGGUCCAGUCUCAGAGUCAGGAGGAUACCCUUCAGGUUACAGAUGAGCCUUCAGCAUCUGAGGGCCCAAAGCCAGCUCUCUCUCUUGACAAGAAUACUGCUGCCACCUUGCCCCAGACAUCUGGGGAGGAAACUCCUCAUAGCGUCCCCUCAGUGGACAGCACCAUCCAGCACUCUUCUCCAAAUGUGGUGAGAAAG